AUGUCUAAACUCCGCUACUAUAUAAUCGACGUCUUCUCAUCCAUUGCCUACCAAGGCAACCCCCUCGCAGUGGUAGACACCACAUCCACUACUCUCACCUCGACUCAGAUGAAACUGCUAGCAAGACAAUUCAACCUAUCCGAAACCACCUUCAUCUGUCCCCCAGCAGACCCCAAAGCUACCUGGCGCCUGCGAUCAUUUCUACCCAAUGAAGUAGAGGUUUUUGGGGCUGGUCACAACUCACUCGGUGCCUGGUGGUGGAUUGCAGAUUCAGGGCUUUUGGGAGACAUCGCACAAGAUACAAAAUCCAGUCAGAUCUACUUCCAACAACUAGGCAAUAAUGUUCUACCGGUUGAGAUGUCGCGAUCAAAUCUAGGAGAUCUUGUUGUCUCCAUGCGCCAGGGUCAACCGCAGUUCUUGAAUCAGCAUACCAACCAUCAAUCCCUUGCUACAUCUCUUGGAAUCGACGCCUGUGAUAUUGGACUAAGAUAUUCCGAUGUUAUACUCGACCGGGCAAUGGUGGUUACCACUUCACCUGCUCGUCAUCUCUUGGUUCCAGUUCGAAGCCUUGAUGUCCUGAAAAGUGUCAGCUUUACCGAUAAAGAGGGGAUUUCGAAGGAGCUUGCUAGUACUGAAAGCUAUAACAGUGGGAUAUAUGUGUUCACAUCUGCAGAGAAUGAUUCCGAAUCAAAGAUACCGAGAUUUGAGGCCCGUUUUUUCAGUCCGGGGAUGUCAAUGGAAGACCCGGCUACGGGUUCGGCUGCUGGGCCUUUGGCUGCUUACUUGUGGGCGAACAAUGUCCUGACUUCUGUGGAGAAUGGAGUAUCUCGGGUUGAAGUUGUGCAGGGUGUACAGACUGGCAGGAGAUGUUUCAUGAACUUGAGUAUUGAACCGAAUAAUGAAGAUUCGGUUAGCAUCACGAUUUCCGGAACUGGUGUGCUGGUUGCCGAUGGAAAUAUUAUGAUUCCUAGUUCUGAGGUUUCGUUUUGA